AUGGCACAGACGGGCUUCGGACGAAAAUACUUCAAAGCUUUUGUUAGUGGCUUCUUUGUAGCCGUGCCGGUGACAGUGACUGUUUUAGACCGUCUUGCCGACGUGGCCCGCGUGGAAGGUGCCUCAAUGCAGCCGUCCUUAAACCCCGAUGGAGAGUCGUCACCUGAUGUUGUGCUGCUCAACCGCUGGAGUGUGAGGAACUAUCAAGUACAGCGAGGGGACAUCGUGUCAGUUUUAACGCUGGGAUAUAAAAACUGUUAUGUAAGAGUUCCAGAUGGACAUCUGUGGAUCGAAGGGGACCAUCACGGACACAGUUUCGACAGCAACACAUUUGGACCGGUAAUCAGUUAGUUGGUGCCUGCUAAAGACAACAUCUCGUACUUUGACAUGCAUUGAGACUUAGGAAUGAGCUAACAAACACCCUGGCAACCACCAACAGCACCCUAGAAACACACCGGCUUAUAUCAAGUUUUACAUCACUCAUUUCCUCUUAAUUUUCUUUUUUUUUUAUGCAUUUAAUUUUUUUUUAUUCAAAAUCAGUUUCAGUGUUUUGAAAACAAUGGAUGAUUUGACUUUGUAAGUUUUUCUUUUUGAGUAUUCAGUAUUUUUUUUUAAAUUCAGUAUUUUGUUUAACUGAUUAUAUUUUGGAAAUUGAAAUGA